UUAACUUUGCAGAGAGGCUCAGAUGAGCUCAACAUGUAUGGUAGCAGUCCCAGCUCUAUGACCGCGAAUGGCAGUGACAGUAAGAAACAGCGCCUAGAUGAAUCUCCUCCCUCCAGGGUUCUCCACAUAAGGAAACUUCCCAGUGAAGUGUCAGAGACGGAAGUCAUUGCUUUGGGCCUCCCCUUUGGAAAGGUCACCAACAUUCUGAUGCUCAAGGGGAAAAACCAGGCGUUUCUGGAGUUGGGUACAGAGGAAGCAGCCAUUACGAUGGUGAACUACUAUACAGCUGUCACACCACAGGUCAGAAACACACCUGUCUUCAUCCAGUACUCCAACCAUAAGGAGCUGAAAACAGAUUCUGCUCUAAACCAGAGGGCACAGGCAGUACUGCAGGCAGUGACAGCAGUUCAGGAUGGAAGUUCUCCAUCUUCUGACCCAGGAGUUCUGGACCUUGCUCCACCCCCCAGCCCUGUCCUGCGAAUUAUUAUUGACAACAUGUUUUAUCCUGUGACACUGGAUGUUCUCCAACAGAUCUUCAGCAAAUUUGGCACCGUAAUGAAGAUUAUAACCUUCACCAAGAACAACCAGUUUCAAGCUCUUCUUCAGUUCAGUGACCCAGUCAAUGCACAGCAAGCUAAACUGUCUUUGGAUGGACAGAACAUCUACAAUUCAUGUUGCACUCUGCGGAUAGACUUCAGUAAACUGGUCAACCUCAAUGUCAAAUACAACAAUGAUAAGAGUCGAGAUUACACCAGACCUGACCUUCCAACUGGGGACGGAGAGACAACCAACAAGGAUCAUUCUCUCUUGGGUACCCCAUCUGGAGCCCUAGCUUCCUACUCGAGUGGAGGAGGUUACUCAUCUUCUCUCUCCCUCUCACAGGGUGGAGGAGCCAUGAGUCCUCUGAGUGCUGCAGCCGCGGCAGCAGCAGCUGCAGGUCGCGUUGCUCUCUCUGGGUCCGGUGUGUCAGGAGUCCUGUUGGCCUCCAACUUAAAUGACGAGAUGGUCACGCCUCAAAGUCUCUUUACCCUCUUCGGUGUCUAUGGCGAUGUGCAGAGGGUGAAGAUCCUCUACAACAAAAAGGACAGUGCUCUGAUCCAGCUGUCUGAUGGCAACCAGGCUCAGCUGUCUAUGAGCCAUUUGAAUGGUCAGAAGGUGUUUGGUAAAGUGAUGAGAGUGACACUGUCAAAACAUCAGACUGUGGCUUUACCCAGAGAAGGACUGGAUGAUCAACUACUAACUAAAGAUUUCUCUGGCUCUCCACUCCACCGCUUUAAGAAGCCAGGAUCCAAGAACUUCCAGAAUAUCUUUCCUCCCUCUGCAACACUUCAUCUCUCCAACGUCCGGGAUGGUGUUGGAGAGGAUGAUCUUCGUCUUCUGUUCUCUAACAGCAGUGGAGGAACUGUCAAGGCCUUCAAGUUCUUCCAGGACCGUAAGAUGGCCUUGAUCCAGAUGACCUCAGUUGAGGAGGCGAUCCAAGCACUGAUGGAUCUUCACAACUAUGACAUGGGAGGGAAUCACCAUCUAAAAGUUUCCUUUUCAAAGUCCACCAUCUAACUUUCACACCUGACUUCAAGAUCCAUGACGAGUGAGGAAGUCCCCACUGUUUUCCACUUAUCCAUGUGUUCCGUUUCUUUGCACUGUACCUAAACCUUAAAACAAGUAUUAUAAUAUUACACAUCAUGUGAAUCAAAUUUUCAUUUACAGUUGAAAUAUUCAGAAAACCCAAAUUCCAGUAAGCUCUUGACCAAUGGAAGCAGCAGUUACCCCUGGUCCAUAGGCAAUUUGUAAAAUGUCCAAAUCCCUGCUUUUUUCUUCACAUCAUCUUUAAGAGCAGCUUCUGAGGAUCUUUAUCUCCAGAGGUUUAACUUUUCACUUCGUUGCUGUGAUGUAGAUGUAUACCUUUGGGUGUGUCCUUAUGUCUUGACAUCACUGCUGGGUGUGGCACUUGGACUCUCUUUCACCGGUCAACAUGGCAGCAGAUACUGUCUUCUUGAACAAAUAUUGAGUUCUGCCAUUAAUCAUUAUUUUCUGUACAUUGUUUUACGAUACGAACCUUUUUUCUCUUCCCAGGCUAACACCAAUUUUGCUCCAACACAAACCUCUUGUAUAAUUAAUGCAGUCAUUAAUUAUUGAACUCCUCUUCCCCUUUGUUUAAUUUAAAGGUGUGUUUUUGACGGCAGGGUUUCUGACACACAUCCUCAUUAUGCUGAUUCAUUCCUCCAAACCUAAAGCUCGGACAUUUCCCCCAAAUUAUAAGUAUAAAGGAGAAGGUGGUGUUUCCACUGAAGUGGGAUUCACACCGUCCUCUACUCCCAUCUGCAAAGAGCUAUAUACAUCACCACCUGCUGUAGUUUUAAGGGAUUUUGGGAACCUACAAUAAAACAGCUUUCUGCAACACACAAUCACUUAAAACGAUUUUCAGACGCAACUGAAAUUUGAGGAUGCUAGCACCUAUAAAUCCUCAAAUCAGGUAGAAUAAACUACUAAUUCUGUAUUUGGUCCAAUUUCCAAUUUGAUUAAGGAUAUUAUGUGACUGUAAACAAUCACUCUGAGGACAUUUAUAUAUGAUUCCUUAUCGUAGCUGUUCUAUUGGGAUGUUUAGACCCAUUCUGGAAAGUUUGAUGUUUUGAGGACAAUUGGUUGUUCCCCAAAUUUUCCCCAAAAAUAACUUUGACACUGACAAUGAUGACUCAAAGGUGGAGCUAAAAUGUUCUAAAUCCUAUCCCUCUCUUUUUUAAACCAUAGCUGUGAGUGCACUCUCUCUCUAUCUCUCUCUCUCCCUCCCCCUCCCCCUCCCACACACACACACACACACACACACACACACACAGACACAGGAUGCUCGUUCAUGCUCUCUGUUUAGACAAGGUUUAAAUAUGAGGUUCUGGUCUUGGUCUCUGCUUUUGGAAGGAGACCUGUUACGACCAACGUACAUGCGCCUUUAGUCUGUGGUCUAAUUUUACUGUUGAUUCUUUUGUGUCUUCAUACAAUGAAUUUUACUGACUAUGUUUGUUUAACCUUGGUUGUAAACCUGUAGAAGCAGAAUAUUUUAUUUUAUAAAUAGAACCUCCUCUUCCCAGCCAGACACCGUGAGCUUAUUUAUCAUGUGGAGAUGCACAGAAACCUGAGGUCCCCUCUAGUGUUUCAAAUUUUGUACUUCUCUGUGGUUCUUUCUUGCAGCUGCAGAGUUUAUUUUUUGGAUUGAUUUCAUUUAUUCCUUGAAGGGGGUUAUUUUCAUUUCUUCACUUCAGUUUUUAUUAUGUUGGUUUUUCUGUCAUUAGAUUUCAGAUCAGCACAAAUUAAAAACGUCUUUUCUACCAAGGAGGCAAAGUAAAACUGUGUGUUUGUGUUGUUUAUAGUCGCUUCAGACCUCUCCUCUCAUCUGGCUCACUGUCAACCUGUCAAUAAACUUCUCUCACUCUGUUCA